UUAUAUAUAUAAUAGUUACCUCCACAGAUUAUAUAUACAUGUACAUAUAUAAUAUUUACCCUCACAGAUUUGGGUAUAUGCUACCCACCUUACUAUAUACACAAUCGAGAACGGGGCAUUUAGAAAAGUACUAAUAUAUGUUAAUGAAGAAACCUCUAUGCACAUAGUUGUUGUGAUAGUGACAUAUUAUAUGUUGGACAAAAUGGUUGUAUCUCCAUGUGCUUUAGCUUUAUUUGCUCAGGAUACACAAUCGCUUUUUGUCACGUGUUUAAGUUGUCACUUAAUUAAUCUUUAACCAAAUGUUACGUAGAAUUUAUUGGGUGCCUGCUCGCGUGUUCUAAUAGUCUCGUGGACGGACUGGCAGCCUAGUACACAGCGUUAUCUGUAGCAGUGGUGUAUAUAUACAAAUCUCUCUGACUGUCAUGGAGAGUCACGUAGUUAUAUUAGGUGCCGGUGUGGUCGGAUUGUCCACCGCCAUCAAUGUCCAGUCCAUCCUUCCAAACGCCAGAGUGACCAUCAUCGCUGAGAAGUUUGACCAGGAGACCACCAGUGAUGGAGCAGCGGGUAUAUUUCGCCCGAAUCUGGAGCUUACACCAUCCAAGUCGAGCCAGCAAGCACGGAAGUGGCUUCAGAAUUCCUUCGAUUGGUUUGACCAUAUAUGGCAGUCAGAUGAGGGACCGGAAGCGGGCGUCAUCCGGGUAUCUGGAUACCAGUUUAUGAACGAGGAAGUGGCGCUCCCUAUACAUCGUCACAUGGAUUAUGGAUUCUCGGUUUUAUCAAAUGAAGAAUUACAACGCUUACCUGUGGGCAAAAGAUACAAGUACGGUUGGUGGUAUGAUACCUUGAUGGUGGAAUGCCGGCGAUAUCUUCCAUGGUUGAUGAAAAGAUUUCGCAAAAAUGGAGGGUAUGUUAUUAGCCAGAAAAUAACAUCUUUAUCUAAAAUUCCUGAGUGCGACGUCGCCGUGAACUGUCUGGGGUGGGGAAGUCGGCAGUUGUUUGGAGAUACAGACAUGUUUCCUGUAGCAGGACACACACUUAGGGUGAAGGCACCCUGGGUGAAACAGUUCUAUGUUCUAGGCAACGGAGAUAAUUUCAUCUACCCUGGACAAGACGAUGUGACCUUGGGGGUGACACGAGAAGUUGGUCAAUUUGAACGUGACUACAACCCAAAAACCUUUAACCGAAUUCGUGAGAUAUGUCACGAGGUCCUACCUUCCCUCAAGAAUGCCCCUGAGGUACGCCGGUGGGUCGGAAUACGGCCCCACAGACAUGAUAUCCGACUGGAACAGGAAACCAUCAAGGUGGACGAGAGGACUCUCCGGAUCGUCCAUAACUACGGUCAUGGUGCUAACGGCGUGUGUUUUAGCUGGGGAACGGCACUGGACGCAGCUCGGAUGGCGGUGACCAAUGUCAAGGUCAGCUCAUCAAGGUUAUGAAGGACAUAGGUCUUGGCCAGCUCAUCAAGGUUAUGAAGGACAGAGACCAAUGUCGAGGUCAACACGUCAAGGUUGCGAAGGACAUAGGUCAAGGUCAGCUCAUCAAAGUUAUGAAAGACAGGGACCAAAGGUCAACACGUCAAGGUUGUGAAGGGCGUGUCAAUGUCAAGGCCAAUUAACAAUUUUAUGAAGGACUUGAAUACGAUAAACAAGAAUUGUGGUCCAAAUUGUAUCCAGCUUCAAAUGUUUGACCUGUAUGUACAACCUCCAGAAACUUAGCUAGUUAUUACUUCGAACCUGAAAUCAUGUGCCUUUGUGUAUAAAGAAAAUUUCUAUUUGUAUGCCCAUGUCAAGGUAAACUCAAUGUAAACUUGUAAAUGUAUCCAUAAAAAGAUAUUUUAUAUACGUGUCUGUGUGACGAUAAUUUUCAUUGUUUAUAAAUAUGAUUUAUUUUUAUACACGUAGCUGUGUAAAUAUAAUUUCUAUACACGUGUCUGUGUAAAGAUAAAUUGUGUAAAGAUAACUUCUAUACACGUGUCUUUGUAAAGAUAAUUUCUAUACACGUGUCUGUGUAAAGAUAACUUCUAUACACGUGUAUGUGUAAAGAUAAUUAUUAUAUACGUGUCUUUGUAAAGAUAUUUUUUCUAAACAUGUGUUUAUCUAAAGAUAUGUUUUCUAAACAUAUGUUUGUUUAAGAUUAUUUCUCUAAACGUGUGUCGUAAAGAUAAAUUAUAUACACUUAUCUUUGUGAAGAUAAAUUCUAUACACGUGUCUGUGUAAAGAUAAAUUCUAUAAACGUGUCUUUGUAAAGAUGAAUUCUAUACACGGGUCGGUGUAAAGAUAAAUGUUUCUAUAUACACGGGACUGUUUUAAGACAAUUUCAGUUGAUUUGGGAUUAGGUAAAGAUAGUAUAAAACUGUGAUUGUGUCAUUGAAUAUUUACGUACGGUUGUCUGUAAGUAACCAUCACUUCUACACAUCCCAACACAAGAUAUACUAACUACAUAUGCUGUAUUUCUAAAUAUUCACGAAUCUUUCGAGGUCAGGACGAAUCUGUCGAGGUCAGGACGAAUCUGUCGAGGUCAGGACGAAUCUGUCGAGGUCAGGAAGCGAAAUCAAUCUGAAGGCUCUACAUUAACUGAACAUGUCAAUUAAAGUUAUACUGAGCAGAA